UCAGCAAAGAUAGUCAAUUUUAGGGGGCGGGUCAUACAGAUGUUUGACCAAUCACUGGUGUGAGAGGGCGGGCCGUUUCUUCGUCACUAACAUGGUGAGCACGGGGAGUUAGCCUGCCUGUGAGCUAAUGUUAAUAACUGUGGGUUGUGCUGAGACUUAAAGCUGAUCAGAAUCAUGUCAGGGACAAACCCCUGGACCCGGAGCCGAGAGAGGAUGAGGCGGUUCCCCGACCUGCUGGCCCAGUGCUUCACAGAGGCAGCAGUUUAUGGGAAAUGUGUGGUCUCCACUACUACUGGUAAACAGGAGCUGAAGAAAGAUUUAUGUGUAAAAGAGUUUGAAGCCCUGAAGACCUGCUUUGUCUCUGCUGCAAAACGGGGUGUGAAGUAGAUGGAGUGCACAAAGCCAUUCAUUGACCAUCAUGUUUUAUAAACAUACAUUUAUUUGUAUAGUUACAAUAUAAAAAAACAGUUGCUGCCAUUUUUAUUUACCAGUAUAAAUAGUGACAUUAUUUUUAAUAUUUGAAUAAUAUAUGUUGGUUCAGCAUAUAUUUGUAUUGUCCUCGUGUAUAAAACAUAAAUGAAUUGUAUGACACUUGGUUUUGUGUGAGCAUGAGUAAUAAUAAAGAAUGAAUGUGA